AUGGCAGCGCACAGACAGACGGUUGAUGCUGAGGGGAUGAUUGGGCUUGGAGGCGACUCUCAGGCUCAGGCGGGCACAAGCGCAGCUGGCAAGCAGACAACAGCGCCUGGAGCUGACGUCGGCGACUACCUGCACACCGCGAUGAGCUCUUUGCUGGAGAGUGUAUCUGGAGCUUUCAGACCGGUCCUGAAGAGUGAGGACAAGAAGAAGGCGAGGAAGAAGAAGCCUCAGCUCACCAUCCGACUAGACACAGACGUGAGCUUGCACGAAGAGGCUUCCAGCGACCGUCAAGCCGGUUCCGGUCGGAGUCACAAGUCAGCUCUGCGAUCGCCGAUGCCGGCCUCGCCGCAGAGCUUGAGCCUGCCGUCGCCGCUGGAGAAGAAGAAGAUUCGCUUCAUGGACGAGCCGCCGGAGACUUCCAGGUCGCCCUCUAACGCCCUCAAGACUUCGCUCGCCGAGACCCGCACGUCAGACCAGCGCAUUGCGCGCUAUGAAGUACUGCAGCCUUGUACAGACAAGACCGGAAAGUCGAGAAACGAUGCCGCGACAGCAGCAGGCUUCAACCCGAUCGCCGCACAGGGUCGCCGUGGGAGUGAGGGGGGCCAAAGUUCGAUCAGAAGAAACUCGAACGUGCAGCUUACAAAGCAGGUCCAAGAAGCAGUUGAGCUUCACCUUAAUCAGGAAAAACUCAAGGCGACGAAGAAUCGUUUGCCGGAUGGAGUUUGUCCUGACGUACAGAACGGCGUUUUAUGGACAUAG